CGUAACCUCCCUCUCUCUCCAUCUCUCCUCGCCGCCGCACGAGGCUGGGGUGCGGUCUGGGACUGCGGCGGCGGGUCUCGGAUCCGGGCGGCGGCCCCUGGCGAGGCUCCCUGUCUCCUGCGGCGGGCAGUGGGGUUGGCGUGGUGCCGGCGAUCUUGUCGGGUGGUCGACGGAUCUCCGGUGGCCUGGGGCCUCGCGUGGCUGCCUUGGCGGCUGGCGGCGCCAGAUCUGGCUGCUGGCCUUCUUCCCUGCUCGGUGCGCUUCUCCUGCGAGGGUCCCUGGGUGUGUUGUAUGGCCUGCCUAUGGGAUGCGGGCGAUUCUGGUGGUCAGGAUCCAGAUCGGGGGAAACCCGGGUCGGCUCCGGCCGGCCGCGACGACGACGACGCCCGCGGGCGCGAUUUCUUCAUGGAGACGUCUGUCAAGGUCUGCGUCUGCCCUUCUACUCCCCACCACCUAGCUUCUCGGGUGAAAACCUAACUCCGGUGGGCGGCGGCAGCGUCUUUGGCGCCGCGACCUUCUUGAAGGCGCCGCCUUGAGGGUUGGGUGGUGGCGGGCGCUGUUUGGGGUCGGUGACAGCUGCCGACGGCGUGCCCUUCUUGGCCCAAGCCUCCGCUUUUCCUCCGACGCGUUCUGGUUCUCCUGGGGGCGUCGUUUUGGAGUAAGUGUUGGCUGGGAGGAUGGUGGAGCGGCGCUCCAUCUCACACAUUGAUGGCGGCGGAUGUCGGCGGCAUGGCGCUGUGGAGGCUCGACGUCCGAUGCACGGAGAUGGACUCGCGCAGGAGGAGGUUGCUGUUUGGCGUCAUGGUGGCGUCAAUGGCGGAGUGGCCAGACAAGGUAGAAGCCUCAAUUUGAUCUGAAGACAGACCUGUGAAAGAUGGCGGUGACAACACACGAGUGCGUCUGACCGGAUUAAGCCCCAGACCCGGUAUGUGACUCGACUGGGGCUUCCGAAUGUGUUUCGGCUUCUGGCUUUUGAUGUUAGGCUUACGUGAGUGGUCUGGGUAGUGGCCCGGCUACCACCCCUUCAUCAUAUUGGAUAGGAGUAGUGGCAUAUGUUGUCAAGAUGGUGGAUUCAGGCACAUUGGUGUAAUACUUUGUAAGGUCCUCGAGAAUAAUCAAUAAAGUGGCCGUAUGCAUCUUCCAGAUGCAGAGGCCGGGGGUCAUCCUCCUUUUCUAAAAAAACAAACAAUGUAGGGAAUAUAUCAAGCGAGCUGCAAUUUUUUUAGCACGUGAAAACAGGUUGGUUGGAGGAAUUCCAACCACAAUUUCAAAUUUAACUGGCCUAUUUGUGCUAGAUCUUUCAGAAAACCAACUUCAUAGUGCAAUUCCAGAGUCCAUCAUAAUGAUGACAAAUCUAGAAUGGCUUGACCUCCAGAAAAAUAAUUUGUUUGGCUCCAUCCCAUCUCAGAUUGCCAUGCUCAACAAUCUAGACCAUAUUUUUCUCAACGACAAUUGUUUCUCUGGUUCCAUACCAGAAAACAUCGGUAACCUCACUAAGUUAGAAUUUCUCAGCUUAUCAAGAAACCAAUUAACAUCAACUCUGCCACCAAGUUUGUUUCAUACUGAUAGCUUAGUAAACCUAGAUUUGUCUCAGAACUCUUUGAAUGGUGCACUACCAUUGGAUAUGGGCUAUUCUAAACAAAUUAUUAGCAUGGAUCUCUCUACCAAUCACUUUGUUGGUAGGAUCCCAGAUUCGGUUGGACAACUUCAAACGUUAACCAACUUGAACCUAUCACAAAAUUCCUUCUCCGGUUCAAUUCCGAACUCUUUCAACAAGCUAACCAGCUUGAAAUCCUUGGACCUAUCACAUAAUGAUUUCUUCGGUACCAUCCCAAAUUACCUAGCCAAUUUUACCAUGCUCAAUAGUUUGGACCUAUCUUUCAAUAAUCUGAAAGGUCAGAUACCCAAUGGAGGGAUCUUCUCAAACAUUAGCAUACAAUCCUUGAUGGGGAACUCAGGUCUUUGUGGUGCUUCACGAUUAGGGUUUUCAACAUGUCCAAGUAACCCACAAAAAACUAAAGGUGGAAUUUUGAAAUUUGUAGUCCCUACCAUCAUUAUAGUGAUUGGUGUUUUAGCUUCAUAUUCAUAUGCAAUGAUAAGAAGGAAAACUAGCAGUCAGCAAGGGAUGCCAGUUUCUAUUGAUAUAGUUGACGUGACAAGUCAUCCUCUGGUCCCUUACCAUGAGCUGGCUCGCGCUACAAAUAACUUCAGCGAGAGCAAUCUUUUGGGGUAUGGAAGCUUUGGAAAAGUUUUUAAGGGUCAACUAAGCAGUGGUUUGGUGGUUGCAAUAAAAGUCAUAAACAUGCAGCUUCUGCAGGGCAUCAGAAGCUUUGAUGCUGAGUGUCAGGCUCUCCGUAUGGCACGGCAUCGCUGAAGGAUAUAUGCCCUAGAGGCAAUAAUAAAAUUAUUAUUUAUUUCAUUAUAUCAUGAUAAAUGUUUAUUAUUCAUGCUAGAAUUGUAUUAACCGGAAACAUAAUACAUGUGUGAAUACAUAGACAAACAGAGUGUCACUAGUAUGCCUCUACUUAACUAGCUCGUUGAUCAAAGAUGGUUAAGUUUCCUAGCCAUUGACAUGGGUUGUCAUUUGAUUAACGAGAUCACAUCAUUAGGAGAAUGAUGUGAUUGA